AUGAGAAGAACGGAUAUUCAGAAGGUGCAGCCGUUAGCCGAGUCUGAGUCACGAGAAGCCAUUGAGACCUUUUUGAUUAAGCUUCCAGCUGAUGGUAGGCCCCUUUGGGGCGACCCCUGGGUGCAGCACAAGCAGGAAAUGGAGCCAGUGAGCUUUGAUGAUGUGGCUGUGAAGUUCACCCUAGGAGAGUGGGUUCUGUUGGAUUCUUAUCAAAGGAAGCUCUACGGAGAUGUGAUGAUGGAAACAUGUAUAAACCUGAUCUCCAUAGAGGAAGAAAAUAUUGAUGGGGACUGCCAAGAACUCCAGAGAAACCUGAGAAUUCAGGUCAUUGAGCGAUUCUGUGACUAUGAACACAGUAGCGAAUGUGCAAAGACCCACCAACAGAUGCCCAAGAAUGUUGUUAAUGCACUCGGUCAUCCUACAAUCACAAUUUAUGAAAGCAGCAUCUAUGCAAAAGACAUCAAUGAUUACUCAUCCUCCUAUAUGAUCAUUCAAAGUCAAACUGAAGAGAAACCAUAUGUGUGUCAGGAACAUGUGGAGAAGGCUAUUAAACAGGAACCGUGUCAGAAAGAUUUUCUUUAUUCUGAGUCCUUUCAAACGCUUGAGAGUGCUCCUGCUAGAGAGAACAUCUGUGAAAGUAAACAAUCUAAUGAAUCUUUUAGUAAUCCCAGUUCUCAUCAAGAUUAUGGGGGAACUUGCACUGGAGAUGAACAACGUGAAUGUAAGCAAUUUGAGAAGACCUUGAAGGAAAAAAGUUGUGUUCAAACAUUGGAAAGGAUCCAUACUGGAGAAAAACCAUUGGCGUGUAAGAAAUGUGGUGAAACCUUCAUUCAUUCCAGUCACUUGACAAGACAUCAGAGAAUUCACUCAAGAGAGAAAACUUACUCUUGUAGACAUUGUGGUGAAACGUUCAUGUAUUCCCUGGCCCGUCAAAAUCAUGAAAAGACUCACAAAAAAGAGCAACAUUAUAUAUGUAAACAUUGUGGGAAAGCAUGUAUUCAUGCUUACCAUCUUCUCCAGCAUGAAAGACGCCACACUCGCGAGAAACGUUAUGCAUGUAAUCAAUGUGGCAAAGCAUUCAGACGGUCCUCAAACCUUCACAAACAUGAAAGAAUUCACAACAGAGAGAAACUCUAUGCAUGUAAACAAUGUGGAAAAUCCUUCAUCAGUGCGGGCAACUGUUACAACCAUGAAAGAAUUCACACUGCAGAGAAAACCUAUGUUUGCCAAGAGUGUGGGAAAGCAUUUAUGUUUUCCUCAUACCUUCAAAAACAUGAAAGAAUUCACACUGGAGAGAAACCCUAUACAUGUAAAUAUUGUGGAAAAACCUUCACCCAUUCCAGUGCUAAUUACAGGCAUGAGAAAACGCACACUAAAGAGAAGCCAUAUGUAUGUGUGGAAUGUGGGCAAGCAUUUCCUUUUUCCACAUCCCUCCAAAUACAUGAAAGAACUCACACUACUAGAGAGAAAUUCUACAAGUGUAAUCCAUGUGGAAAAGAAUUUGUGUAUUUCUCAUACCUUCGAAGACAUGAAAGAUCUCACAGUGAAAAGAAACUUAGCGGGUAGAGCUUAUACUUGUGUAAACCAUAUGUAACAGUAAUCAACCUGCUUUUUAAAAUAUUUAUCAUUUACUUAUUUGUUUGUUUAUUUGCAUGAAGUGUUGGACAAGAAUACACCAAUGCUCUGGUGUAAAUUUUAUUCAUUUGUUUACUUACUUAUUUAUCUAUUUGUGUGAAGCGUUGGACAAGAAUUCACCAAUGCUCUGGUGUAAAUCUGGAGCUCAGCAGACAACUUGCUGAAAUCAGUUCUCUUUCCAUUGUGUGAAUCCCAGGGAUGGAGCUCAGGUCCUCAAGCUUGGCGACAAGUUUCUUUCCCUUCUAAACCACCCCACCAGCCUCUGUCUUGAUUUUCUUGUGAGUGAGGUUUCUUAUAUAAGUUUCACAUUUUGUACUUUUCUGUGUAUACUUUUUCCAAAAACAAAUGGAGAGACUGUGUUGAUGGAGGUUUCUGUCCUACCCAGGCCUGCAGCCGUUAGGUCCAAGGGAAUCACACAGAGGUCUACAUUAAUUACAAACUGAUUGGCCUAUUAGCUCAGGCUUCUUAUUAACUCUUAUAACUUAUAUUAGCCAAUAAUUCUUGUCUGUGUUAGCCAUGUGGCUAGGUACCUUUUUCGGCGAGGCAGUCACAUCUUGCUUGCUCUGUGUCUGGUUUCCUCUGUGUCUGGGUGAGGACUGCAGACUGAACCUUUCCUCUUCCCCAAAUUCUCCUGUUCUCGCCCCACCUAUACUUCCUGUCUGGUUGCCCUGCCUAUACUUCCUGCCUGGCUACUGGCCAUUCAGUGUUUAUUUAAAACACGAGUGACAGGGUACAGACCAUUGUCCCACAGCAAGAUUGGGUUUAAGAGAUAGCUCAGUGGUUGGGUACUUGCUGUGCUUGUAGAUGAACUGGGUAUAAUUUACAGAACCAUGUGGUGGAUCAAAGUUAUCUAACUCCAGCUGCAGUUGAUCCAAUGCCUUCUGAAUGUUGCACACACAUACAUACAGGAAAAAAUAUACACAUAGACCUUUAAAUAAAACACAUGAAAAUAUACUGGCGAUAAUAUAAAAUCAGCAUAAGUAUAAUUUUCCCCAUAUGUGCAAGUGAACAUAGGAUGAACACCUGCUCUUGCAUCAGACAUCAUAAUGUACGCCUUUUAUUCCAACACUUGGUAUAGGGGAUAAAAUAUAGAAAAUUGCAACACUGAAUACAGAGGGCAUGGAUUCAAUUCAUGAAACUUAAGAAAACCAGUUCCAAACAGAUUAAAUUGUCAUAGGAGAGACCCAUGUGCGGUGGCACACAUCUUUAAUCCCACUAAUUGGGAGGCAGAGGCAAGCAGAUCUCUCUGGAGUCCAGGUCAGCCAGGAAUACUCAGACCCCAACUCAAAAAAAAAAAGAGAAAGUGACACUCUUUUACAGAACUAUUUCAAGGUCAGCUUGAGCUACAUGAGUCUCAGAAAAAGAAAGAAUGUUGUGAUUUUCUUAUGUAAUUGAAUCUUAUAAAAGUGAGAACUGUGAAUAUCUUGAGCAAAUUAGUUUAUGUAAGUAAAUAUUCCUAAAUAAAAUCUGAAAGAAAUUAAGUA